GUUUACAGUAGGAAGUGACACAAGGAGACGCCGAGCACACAGGACGGCUCCGGGGCGGCCUCCGCUCCUCUAUCUACUUUCCGCACGUUACCGUGAGGCGGGAACCUCAGCAAUGGCCGGCGGAGACGUGUAGCGGGUGUCGGGGCUUCACCGGAGGUCUUCAGAAGUUUCCACUUUAUUGACUCUGGAAGGGCAGGGGCUCAUAGGGCCCUCUGUAUUCUGACCAAUGGAUUCCUGCAAUGAUACACUUUUUCUGAUUGAUUCUGAACUUACCCAAGAGGAUCUGGACUCUUUGAAAUUCCUUUGCUCGGAUUUGCUUCCAAACAAGAGACUUUUAGCAAUAAAAUCAAAUCUAGAUCUUUUUUGCGAGCUCCAAAGGCAAGAGUUCAUUGAACAGGACAAGUAUGAUUUUCUGGCUGAACUCCUUUAUAUCAUAGGUCAGCACAGUUUGCUAAAAAACCUGGGCACCAACAAGCCCGCUGUGCAAGAAGCCUUAAAAAGAAGAGGACUCGUGUCUUCCUAUAGACAUAUGCUUUUUCAACUUUAUGAAGACAUCACCUCUGAAGAUCUAAGAAGUAUAAGAUUCCUCUUAAGUAUUCCAAAGAAGUAUGAGGAGAACAAGAUGACAUUCCUUGAUAUUUUGUAUUACCUGGAAAAAAAUGACCAGUUAUCCGAGGAUAAUUUGGAUACUCUUGAAAAGGCAGUGAGCCGUGUUUCACUGGAACUUCUUAAGAAAAUAAAUGAUUACAAGCAGACACGAGGAGUCAUUGAAAUAAAAGCAAGAUCUCAAUCCUUGUCCUCUGAGUAUGAUGAGAAGAUGCAAUUUUCUAUACAGGCUCAAGGUUAUCCAUAUGACGACAGGAGAAAGAGUAUAGGAGAAAUUGUUCAACAUGUCUCAGAGAGAUACAGUGAAAAAGAUCUAAUGGAUGAAAACACUGAAAAACGCAUGUCUGACCUCAGUCUUAACGGAGAGUCGGACCAAGAGGUUACUCAGACACACGAUGUUCUGACGUAUCCAAUGAAUCGAAAACACCGAGGCUACUGCUUGAUUAUAAAUAAUUCAGAAUUUAUGAAGAGUCCUGGGAGACCUGGUACUGAAAAAGAUGCAGAGUACCUGACUGCUGUGUUCACAUGGCUGGGCCUGGAUGUGGAAAUUUGCAGUGAGCUGUCAACACAAGAAAUCCAUUACUGCUUGAAAGAGUUCAGCAAAAGGGAUCAUACGGAGAGAGACUGCUUUGUUUGCUGUAUUUUGACUCAUGGAGAAUCACAAGUAGUCUACGGAACUGACAAUGAAAUGAUAUAUAUACGCGAAGUAACGUCAUAUUUCUCUAUAGGAAAUUGCUCAACAUUGGCUGGAAAGCCUAAGUUAUUCUUUAUACAGGCAUGUCAAGGAAAACGUCCUCAGGGUUCACAUUCUAUCGAAGCAGAUGCAGUUUCUGCUGUCGAAGAGAGGAAAGUUACAAUAACCGUACCUACUGAUGCGGAUUUACUGGUUGGAAUGUCAACAGUGGAUGGCUACUACUCGUUCCGUCAUCCCCGAAAAGGGACAUGGUACAUCCAAGCUCUGUGUGCAAAUUUGACAAAAAUGGUCCCAAAAGGAGAAGAUAUUUUGUCCAUUCUGACCAAAGUAAACAAAGAUGUCAGUGAGAUGGAGUACUUGAAGGAUGGGAGGACCAAUAUGAAGCAAAUGCCACAGCCAACUUAUACUCUACGACAAAAGCUUGUGUUCCCUAAACCCCUUGCUCCAUUUAAACCGCCUUUUCAGGAAAAAAACUGAUUUUCAGGGCAAAAUAUUUUGAAUGUUGUCACGGUGAAACGGGGACCUUACAUCCUUCUAGCAUCGACGUUUCACAGUGAGCCAGGCACGUCACCGUGAUCUUCAGGAAACCGUACAGAGACAUGUGUAUGUGAAGGCAGCCAGUGGUUUGAAAUAUCCGGUAAUCCAGAAUUCCAGCAGUUCUGGGGAUUUCAGAUGUGCAAUAUAAAAACUAGCAUUUAGGUUAGAUCCAUUUAAACACAAGUAUUGAAAUAACAAUCAACUUUCGUUAUAGCUUCAUCUCAGGUCUAUACUAUUAAUAUGUUGAGCAUUUUAUAUCACCCCAGAUUAGCCUAAACAUUUGAAAUUAUUUUUUUCUAUUAGUUUUGGUAUUGAAUGUAAGUGCUGCGCAUCUUAGUACAUUUAGAUUAUUUAAAGGGGUUGCCAGUUUUGGACUCUAACCGCUUGUUAGACAGGUCUUCAGACAACAAGUAGAUCACAAAGUGCCUUAAGUUCUCCCCUCAGCAAUCAGCUAUUAUCUAUGGGGGCAGUAAGUGUUCAAUUUCCUAUGUUACCACCACAGGAGAAAUUAAGUAUUACAUAGUGCCCAUUAAAAUGUAUGUGUUAUCUGUAUCCGGAACAGCCUGCUGGAGUCUAAGCGCUAGUGUGGGUACAGCCACACAGAUUUUUUUGGAGGAGGUUUUGAAGCAGAUCUGCCUGCAGGAUUUUCAGCCAAAGCCAGAAGUGGAUCCACCAGGAAGGAGAAGUAUAAGCCCUUCCCUUAUUUAUCUGAUUCCUUUCACAUCCACUUCUGGCUUUGGCCUGCAGGCAGAUCUGUUUCAAAACCAUGUCCUCUGUGUGGCCGUACCCUAAGAGAAAGUUUGGAAGCAGAUUUUCCUCUGUUUCUGUGUGCAGGGAUGGGAGCUAGUUUUUGCCAAUGGCUCUCAAACAACUACAAGCCUAGGAUAUAGCAUACUGAGGAGAAAACAGCUACAAAGGUGCCAGAUACAAGUGAUAUAAUGGUCAGAAAUAGUUUUAUUCAUCACGUACACACUCUACUAUUGAUUAAUGCAAACUUUGUUAGGUUGGGUUUGUAAGGUUAGGUGCAGUGUCAAACCCAUGGUAUAUUAUAAACCAUACUACAAACGGAAGUGUUUUUAGUGAUUUUUGUGUUGCUUUUGGGAAUUUUUAAAAGUUGAUUUUUAUUUUUAUUUUUUUUACAAAAUGCAUCAGCCUCUAGUUAUGUAGUUUUUUUCUGGCAUUUUCCUAUAGGAGUUGAAAAGUGCCAGUAAAAACGCCUGUUUAAAGUAUG